GCGGAGAGCAACUGUUGCAGUAAUCUGUUGCAGAAAAGUGAAAGUAUAUCCGCAACAGUUGGCUUUGAUUGCAGAGAGUGCGCUUGUGAGAACUGAUGGCGGGUGCGCGCAGAAAAUCUUUGCAAAGCAGGCAAGUGGGAUCUCUUCUUAUUUUUCUGUGCGUAUCUGUGGGGGGUGCGACAACGAUCCGCUAUUCAGUGGCGGAGGAAAUGGAGAGCGGUUCGUUUGUGGCCAACGUAGCUAAGGACCUAGGACUGGAGGUAGGGAAGCUGGCUGCGCGCAGGGCGCGGCUGGUUUCCGAGGGCAACAAAAUGCACUUCCGGCUCCACCGCAAGACAGGAGAUUUGUUUGUGAAGGAGAAAUUGGAUCGGGAGUCACUUUGUGGCAAAGCCGACCCGUGUGUUCUGCACUUUGAAAUAAUCCUGGUGGAGCCGCUGCAGUCCUUCCGUGCCGAGGUCAGGGUAUUUGAUAUCAAUGACAAUGCCCCGGUUUUCCUAAACAAGGAGCCGCUUUUAAAGAUUCCGGAGAGCACCCCCUUGGGUUCACGUUUUCCUCUGCAGAGUGCCCAGGAUCUGGACGUGGGCCUCAACGGUCUCCAAAACUACACCCUUAGUGCCAACGGCUAUUUCCACCUGCACACCCGCUUCCGCAGCCACAGGCCUAAAUAUGCUGAGCUGGUGCUGAACAAACCCCUGGACCGAGAGGAGCAGCCUGAAGUCAACUUGACAAUUAUGGCGGUGGACGGCGGGUCACCGCCCAAGUCUGGCACAGCUCACAUCCGCGUGGUGGUUCUGGAUGUCAACGACCACGUGCCCCAGUUCUCGCGACCAGUGUACCCAGCCCAGGUAUCAGAGAACAGCCCCAAUGGCUCUUUGGUGGCCACGGUGACUGCCAUGGACCUAGACGAGGGCACGAACAAAGCGAUAACUUACUCUUUAGCUCAAAACCCAGAAGCAAUUCUCAAGACGUUUCAGAUUGACUCUCAAACUGGAGAGGUUCGACUAAGAGGAACCCUAGAUUUUGAAGACAUUGAAACAUACGACAUUGACAUUCAAGCUACAGAUGGUGGAGGCCUCUCUGCCCACAGCAAAGUCCUGGUAGAAGUGGUGGAUGUGAAUGACAAUCCUCCCGAAGUGAUGGUCUCCUCUGUGUCCAGCCCACUCCCUGAAGACUCACCACCACAGACGGUAGUAGCCCUUUUCACUAUCAGAGACCGGGACAUUCGAGUGGGAGGAAAAGUCACCUGCUUCCUCAGAGAAGACCUUCCCUUUGUAAUCAAACCUACAUUCGGGAAUUCUUACUCGCUGGUCACUGACAGAAGCUUGGAUCGGGAGGAGGUCUCAGGCUAUAAUAUCACCCUUGUUGCCAUGGAUACUGGACCACCUAGCUUAUCUGCUGAGACUAUGAUAGAGGUGCUAAUAUCUGACGUUAAUGACAAUCCUCCAAUAUUUCGGGAAGAUUCCUAUAUCUUGACUGUUCGAGAAAAUAAUAGUCCUGCAGUUUUUAUUGGCCAAGUCCAUGCUGAGGAUCUUGAUUUGGGUGAGAAUGCCCAAAUAACUUAUUCUCUGUUGCCUCCAAAAAAUGGAGAUCUAUCAGUCUUUGCUUACAUAUCCAUAAAUUCAGACAAUGGAAAGCUCUACGCACUGAGAACCAUGGAUUAUGAGGCCAUUCAAGAUUUUCAGUUUGUGGUAAAGGCAACUGAUGGGGGCUUCCUGUCACUGAAUAGCCAAGCUACUGUCAGAGUGGUUGUCCUAGAUGACAAUGACAAUCGUCCAAUGAUCUUGUACCCACUGCAGAAUGGCACCUUGCCCUACAAUGACCUGGUGCCCAGGUCUGCAGAGGCAGGCUACCUGGUAACCAAAGUGGUGGCUGUGGAUGGUGACUCAGGUCAGAAUUCUUGGCUUUCAUAUCAUCUACUUAAGGCCACUGACCUUGGGUUAUUUUGUGUUCAAAGACAAAAUGGAGAAAUCCGUACAUUACGGCAGAUAUCUGAGAGAGACCCCAUGAUGCAGAAAUUGAUCAUUCUUAUUCAGGAUCACGGCCAACCAGCUCUUUCAACUACUGUCUCACUCAACAUCCUGCUGGUAGAUGGCUUUUCAGAGCCCUACCUGCAGUUCCAGGAUCCAACCAAACAUUCCAGAAAGGUAAAUCCAUCCACUAAAUAUUUGGUAAUUUCUCUGGCCAUCCUCUCCUUUCUCUUUCUCCUCUCUGUCACAGUGAUCUUCAUUAUACAUGUCUACCAAAAGAUUAAAUAUAGAGAAAAGUUUACAAUUCAAGAGCAUUUCUAUGAUGACUGUAAUUUCUCUAACAAUCUGGUACAAGGACAAGGCAAUGGAUCCUUAUCCCAGCCUUGUCCAUAUGAAAUGUGUUCAGCCACUGGCACUGGUAAUAGUGAGUUUCGCUUUCUUAAGCGCUUUAUGCCCAACUUCCCUUUCCCUCAUGCCACUGGGGAGAUAAAAAUGGAGGCUGGCUCCAGUUUGCCUCUAAAUUCUGAAAGGAAUAAGUCUCGGAGAUCAGAGGGCCAUGACCAGGUAUCUGAUGACUAUAUGUAGCUCCUAUUUACAGCCUCAGUGAGAGAAGAGAAGC